AUGUCUCUUUGCAGUACAUUGACCCAGAACUAUCAGCACAUCCUAGCUUUGGUAUUUGCUGUAAUUGAAGUCAACGAAAAUCCCCAGAUUUUACCCAAUGUCACCCUCGGAUUCCAUAUCUAUGAUAGCUAUUUGGAAGCAAAGUGGACCUAUGAAGCCACAUUGAAACUUACUUCCACAAGGAACAGAUUUCCCCCCAACUACAAGUGUGACAUCCAAGACAAUCUUCUUGCAGUCAUUGGUGGACUUCGUUCUGAAACAUCUUAUCAGAUAGCAAAUGUUGUGAGCCUCUACAAGAUCCCUCAGAUUUUGUAUGGAUUUGCACCUCUGAUGGCUGAUAGAACCCAAGUUCAUUCCUUCUACCAGAUGUUUCCAAACGAAAACAUUCAGUACAUGGGAAUUCUUCAAUUAUUUCUCUUUUUCAAGUGGACAUGGAUCGGAUUUCUUGCUGACAAUAGUGAAAAUGGGGAACGACUUUUGCAAACAAUUCUUCGAGAUUUUUCCCAGCAUGGCAUCUGUUUUGCCUUCACAGAAACUUACCCAGAUUUAGGCUUUGAAGAUAACAUGGAAGACACAUGGGAGUGGAUGGUAGAAAUGUACAAUAAAAUCAUGAACAGUACGGCUAACACAGUAGUCUUCUGUGGAGAAGCUGAUUCCAUGAUGAAUUUAAGAUGGUUGCUGCAUAUGCCAAACAUUGACAACCAAAUAGCAAAGCCCAAAGGUAAAGUGUGGAUUCUGACAGCCCAGAUGGACUUUAUGUCGCUUUACUAUCAAAAUACUUGGGAUGUUCAAGACAUCCAUGGUGCUAUAUCUCUUGCAAUUCACUCCAAUGAAAUCCCUGGAUUCCAACAGUUCCUUGAUGGUAGAAAUCCUACCAGUGUAAAAGAAGAUGGUUUUAUCAGGCAUUUCUGGGCACGAGCAUUUGGCUGUGUGUUCUCAAAUUCUGCCUCAGAUGAAGAGGAGAUUUGCACUGGAGAAGAGAGAUUGGAGCACCUUCCUGGGCUCGUUUUUGAAAUGAGCAUGACUGGCUACAGCUACAAUAUCUACAAUGCUGUCCAUGCUGUGGCCCAUGCAUUACAUGCUAUGUAUUCAUCUAGACUGAAGAAUACAGCAAAGAUGGCAGAAAAAAGGAAGUUUCAGAAUGUGCAGCCAUGGCAGCUCCAUCGCUUUCUGAGAGGUGUCUCGUUUAACAACAGUGCUGGGGAACAGGUUUCCUUUGACCACAAUGGGAUUUUAGAAGCAGGAUUUGAUGUUGUCAACUGGGUCACCUUCCCAAAUCAAUCUUUCGUGAGAGCGAAGGUUGGCCAGAUGGAUCCCCGGGCUCCUCUGGAUCAUGCACUUACUGUUAACGGGGAUUCUUUUGAAUGGCACAGCUGGUUUAACCAGGUACAGCCUCUUUCUUUAUGUAAUGCCAAGUGCCAUGCUGGUUACAGCAAGAAAUUGAAAGAGGGGGAGCCAUUUUGCUGCUACGAUUGCAUCCCAUGCCCAGAAGGGAAGAUAUCAGAGCAGGAAGAUAUGGCUGAUUGCUACAAAUGCUCAGAUGACCAAUAUCCAAACAAGGACCACGAUGUAUGCAUCCCCAAAUCUGUGACCUUUUUGUCCUAUGAAGAACCUUUGGGGAUGAGUUCUGCUGUUGUUGCUCUUUCCUUCAGUUUCAUCACAUCCCUGGUGUUGGGAACAUUUGUGAGGCAUCACGACAGUCCCAUAGUCCGAGCCAACAAUAGGAGUCUCACAUAUACUCUUCUCAUCUCCCUCCUGCUCUGCUUCCUUUCUGCUUUGCUAUUCAUUGGCCAACCUGAUAAGGCAACUUGUCUCCUCCGUCAAACUGCUUUUGGUAUUAUCUUUUCAACGGCUGUUUCUUCUGUGUUAGCAAAAACGAUGACUGUGGUUCUGGCUUUCAUGGCCACCAAACCUGGAAGCAGGAUGAGGAAAUGGGUGGGGAAAAGACUGUCAAUUCCCAUUGUUCUUUCCUGCUCCUUUAUUCACGCAGGUCUUUGUAUCAUUUGGCUAAUAAACUCCCCACCAUUCCCCGAUAUCAACGUGCAUUCAGUGACUGAAGAAGUUGUGUUAGAAUGUAAUGAAGCAUCUCCUAUCAUGUUUUACUGUGUCUUGGGCUACCUGGGCUUCCUGGCCAUUGCCAGCUUCACUGUGGCUUUCUUUGCGAGGAAGUUACCGGACAGUUUUAAUGAAGCCAAGUUCAUCACAUUCAGCAUGUUGGUCUUUUGCAGUGUUUGGUUAUCCUUUGUUCCAAGUUACUUGAGCACUAAAGGGAAAUACAUGGUGGCUGUGGAGAUCUUCUCCAUUAUAACCUCCAGCGCUGGGCUGCUAGUUUGUAUUUUUUCCCCAAAAUAUUACAUCAUUAUUUUCAAGCCUAAAAUGAACAACAAAAAAAUGCUGAAAUGGAGAAAUUGUUGA